CUCAAUCACGGCUCUCUUACAUUUCUCCGUUUGUUUCUCGGCGUAUUUCUUGUUCGGAUAAGUCUUUUUCGACUGGAGAUGGAGACCGCCGGAAAGCCGAAGAAGGGAGCCGGAGGAAGAAAGGGAGGCGGGCCAAAGAGGAAGCCGGUUUCGCGGUCAGUUAAAGCCGGUCUACAGUUCCCCGUCGGCCGUAUCGGCCGGUACCUGAAGAAGGGACGCUACUCUCAGCGCGUUGGAACCGGCGCUCCGGUUUAUCUCGCCGCCGUCCUCGAGUAUCUCGCUGCCGAGGUUUUGGAAUUGGCUGGGAAUGCGGCUAGAGACAACAAGAAGAACAGGAUCAUCCCAAGACAUGUGCUUCUGGCUGUGAGGAACGACGAGGAGCUUGGAAAGCUACUUGCUGGUGUGACAAUUGCUCAUGGAGGGGUGCUCCCCAACAUCAACCCCGUUCUCCUGCCAAAGAAAACUGACAAGGCGGCCAAGGAACCCAAGUCCCCAUCCAAGGCUACCAAGUCACCUAAGAAAGCUUAACUUAUCCGUGAACAUCAAAAGGGCUAGCUUGGUUUUCCUUUCUGUAUCUAAUUUCAAUUUAUGCAGUGGUAUGUAGCAAAGUUCCAUGUAGUUCAGGAAAUGUACUUCGUCUUCCCUACCCCUGGUUGGACACCAACACAGUGAAUUCCUUGGUUCAUCUUA